UUUUAAAUAAAUCAAGGGAUGGCUCUCAGGACGCCUGCUGUUCAACUGCACCUUAAAACGUGCUUUCUUCUGCUUUUAGGGGGUCUGAUGGAAGCUGCCCAAGAGCAAGGAAGCAUGUACAUGUGGAUUGAUGCCAAUCAAGCAAGAAUAUUAAUUGGUUUUGAGGAGGAUAUUUUAAUUGUCUCCGAGGGCAAAAUGGCCCCAUUCACACACGACUUCAGGAAAGCACAGCAGCGAAUGCCAGCAAUACCUGUCAACAUCCACCACGUGAACUUCACCUGGCAAGCCACUGAUCAGGCAGAGUACUUCUAUGAGUUUCAGACUCUGCGUUCAUUGGAUAAAGACAUUAUGGAUGACCCUACCGUCAAUGUUCCUCUCUUAGGAUCAGUGCCACACAAAGCCUCUGUGGUCCAGGUGGGCUUCCCAUGCAGAGGCGACCAGGAUGGUGUGGCAGCAUUUGAGGUGACCAUCCUGGUGAUGGAUGCUGGAGGAAACAUCAUUCUGAGGACGCCACACAACGCUAUCUUCUUUAAAACGUGCCAGAGAGCAAAGUGCACUGGUGGUUGUCGCAAUGGAGGCUACUGCAAUGAAAGGCAGGUCUGCGAGUGUCAGGAUGGCUUUUACGGUGUUCACUGUGAGAAAGCCCUCUGUUCCCCAAGAUGUCUGAAUGGUGGCCUGUGUAUGAGCCCAGGUGUGUGUAUAUGUCCUCCAGGCUACUUUGGACCCAGCUGUGAGAGAGCUAACUGCAGCACCACCUGUUUGAAUGGAGGGACAUGUUUCCAUCCUGGCAAAUGCAUCUGUGCCGUCGGCUUUGAAGGGAGCCGCUGUGAGCUCAGUAAAUGUCGACAGCCGUGCAGAAAUGGAGGCAAAUGCACGGGGAGAAACAAAUGCAAGUGCAGCAAAGGCUACCAUGGAGAUCUGUGCUCCAAAGCUGUCUGCGAGCCCAGCUGUGGAGCACACGGGACCUGUGUGGAGCCCAACAGGUGCCAGUGCAGGGACGGCUGGCAUGGGCGUCACUGCAAUAACAGAUUUCGUGGAGUAGUCUCCAACAGCCAGCAGGUCUCUGGUUCCAAGCACAAGUCACAGCCUGUGGCAGCGAAGGACACAAAGGAAGUGCCUGAAUCCAGUCAGCGCUCUGAAACCAACUAUGUGGUUUAAGCCUCCAAAUUUUGAGCCAAUGGCCCCUCCAUUUCAACAUCGCCUUCUCUGGAACAAAGCUUUUAUCCUCCUCUUCCG